AUGGAUUCGCUGAGAAGGUCCUUCAAGUCUCACGGCUCCUACAAGCAUUCCUCCACUGACUUCGACCACGCCCAGGAGGAGCAGCCUAUUCUCUUCCACCGCGGGGACCCGCCGGCGGAGGACCGCGAGCAGCAGGAGAUCGUCGUCGUGAAGAUUGAUGGCAACACCCGGCAUUGCGAUAGCUCCGGCGUCGCCGACGGUGGCGCCGCCGGCGUGUGGAGGGGGUCCAGCUAUGAGUUCUGGAAGGACGGCGCCGCCGCCGCCGGUGAGGGGGGAGGGCUCGAUGACGGCCCUGGGGACUCGGGAUUCCUUUUCACCUCGCGGCCGCAGCGGCGGCCGGCAAUGGAGAUCGGCGAGGUGGAUCCACUGUCGAGCCACAUUUCGACGAUUCAAGACAGACACAAGGCCUCUGUAGCCGCCGCCGCCGGCGAUGUCUCUGUGGGUAUGGCGGAGAUCAAGAAGCCGCCACCGCCGUCAUCCGCCGCCAACUCCAAGGAGCUCCGCGUCUCUUUCCAGGAUCCGUCGUCCAACGAGCGCGGCGAUGCGAGGUCUCCUCCGUCGAAGAAACACGGAACCAGCGGCGUCGGCACCUGUGGGGAGGUCCUGAAAUGUACCUCGAACUCGUCCUUCGGCCGGAACCCUAGCGUGCUGCGGACCAAGACGAGGUCAAGGCUGAUGGACCCGCCGCCGGUUCAGCCGCCGCCGGCGGCGGCGGCCUCCGGCGAGAGCGAGUGGAGGUCCGGGAAGGUGCCCAGGUCGGGGCAGCUGAGGUCCGGCCCUCUGGGCGGCGGGAAGUCUUCCCAGCAGAAGUAUGACGACGACGACGACGACCCGUUCGCCGACGAGGACGUCCCGGCGGAGUACAGAGGCGUGAAGGUCAACCCUAUGACGAUCGUUCAGUGGGCUAGCCUCUUCCUCAUCGUCGGCGCUCUGAUCUGCAGCCUCACCAUCCCCGUCCUCAGGCGGCAGACGCUGGGGAACCUCCAUCUCUGGAGAUGGGAGCUCCUCGUGCUGGUGCUCAUCUGCGGCCGUCUGGUCUCCGGCUGGGGCAUCCGCAUCGUCGUCUUCUUCAUCGAGCGCAACUUCCUCCUUCGCAAGCGCGUCCUCUACUUCGUCUAUGGAGUGCGGAGGGCCGUCCAGAAUUGCCUCUGGCUCGGGCUCGUCCUUGUCGCCUGGUACUGCAUCUUCGACCGGAAGGUGCAAAGGGAGACGAAGAACAAGUCCCUGGCGUACGUCACCAAGGUCCUCAUCUGCCUACUGGUGGGCACCGCCAUGCGGCUGGUGAAGACGCUCCUGGUCAAGGUGCUUGCUUCGUCGUUCCACGUGAGCACCUACUUCGAUCGGAUCCAGGAGUCCUUGUUCAACCAGUACGUGAUCGAGACGCUGUCUGGACCUCCCUUGAUCGAGAUCCAGCACACGAGGGAGGAGGAGGAGAAGAUCAUAGCGGAGGUGCAGAAGUUCAGGGAAGCUGGAGCCACGCUGCCGCCGGAUCUCAGAGCGGCGGCCAUGCCCAGCAGCAAGAGCUCGAGGGUUUUCGGCGCCAAGAGCUUCGCCGUCGAGAGGAGCAGAAGGUUUUCCGGCGCAGUCUCGAGGAAGGACUUGAGCCGGCAGCAAGACGAGGUCAUCACGAUCGAUCACCUCCACAAGCUCAACCAGAAGAACGUCUCGGCGUGGAACAUGAAGAGGCUGAUGAACAUCGUGCGGCACGGAUCCCUGUCCACUCUCGAUGAGCACAUUUCUGACGCGAGCCGAGAAGAUGAGUCUUCGAUGCAGAUUCGCAGCGAGUACGAGGCGAAGGCGGCAGCCAAGAAGAUCUUCACCAACGUUGCUAAGCCCGGCUCCAGGUCGGUUCUCCGUUUAUGAUUCCCCUCCGUUCCUAAAGUUUAUCUCAAGUUACCAGUAGAGAAUAUUUUGCACAGAAGGGAUGACUUGGUGUCUGGAGUGAUGUUUCCCAGGUACAUCUACCUGGUGGAUUUGAUGCGUUUCAUGGGGGAAGACGAAGCGCUGAAGACUCUGAGCCUCUUCGAAGGAGCACAGGAAAGCAGGAGGGUUAGCAGGAGUUGCCUCAAGGAGUGGGUGGUAAUGAAAUCUACUUACUUGGUUCCCGGAUACACGAAUGAGCCCCCGAGACUCUCAACUUAUCCUCCAACAAUGUUGGGUUUAUAUUCAACUUCUUCAGGUUAAUGCAUUCAGAGAGCGCAGGGCCCUCUCGUUGACACUCAAUGACACCAAAACGGCCGUGAACAAGCUCCACCAGAUGGUCAACGUCGUUGUGGCCAUUGUGGUCGUCGUCAUCUGGCUGCUCAUUCUGGGCAUCGCCACUACCCAUUUCCUGGUCCUCAUCAGCUCUCAGCUUCUGCUGGUGGCCUUCAUCUUCGGCAACACCUGCAAGACCACGUUUGAGGCCAUUGUCUUCUUAUUCGUGAUGCAUCCCUUCGACGUCGGCGAUCGAUGCGAGGUUGAUGGAGUUCAGGUGGUGCAUGAAUUCCCAGAGAUAUAGAAAAAGAUUCAGUGAACGUCGCUUUGCUCUGCAAUUCAUGGGGUUGAGACGCAAUUUCAGAUGAUCGUUGAGGAGAUGAACAUCCUGACGACAGUCUUCUUGAGGUACGACAACCAGAAGAUCGCCUACCCUAACAGCGUCCUCUCCACCAAGCCGAUCAGCAACUUGUAUCGGAGUCCAGACAUGGGGGACUGCGUCGACUUCUGCGUCCAUGUGUCUACUCCUGUGGAGAAGGUCGCCGUCAUGAAAGAAAGAAUAAAGGCGUGAGUAGAACAAAUCCUCGUUCAUCUUCUGAUUUUAUUCCUUUUAAGAGAAAGCUAGAUAUUCGACUGAGCUCAACAGAUGAGGUUCUAUGAUGCUUGCGAAUCUCUGCAGGUUUAUUGAAGGGCGGAAAGAGCACUGGUACCCCAACCCGUCGGUGGUGCUGAGAGACGUGGAGGACAUGAACAAGCUGAAGGUCUCGGUGUGGCUGCAGCACCGGAUGAACCACCAGAACAUGGGGGAGAGGUGGGCGAGGAGGGAGCUCGUCGUUCAGGAGAUGAUCAAGGUUUUGAGAGAGCUCGACAUCGAUUACCGCAUGCUGCCGCUCGACGUCUCCGUCAGAAACCUGCCUUCUUCCUCCCCGAUCCACUCCAUUUGGGCAGUUUGA